AUACUGAUACCACCACAGCACAGAAAAGGUGAGACUCGGCUCUCAGAGCCACUAAAUUAUUUUAUCCAUCAGCCAGAAUGAAAGUAAAAUGGCUGCAGGAGGAUAAAAAGACAGCAAGGCUUCACCUGACCGCAGCAGGCCUCGCUCAGGCAAGCUGACAAUCUCUGCACAGCUUAGGCUGCUCUGACAAAACACAGCCCAGAAAAAUCCCCAGGGGACAAAUCUCCAGGAGUUUCUGGUCAAAGCCUCGCAGGUGCUUUGAACCCUCAUGGAGAUUUGCAUUUUUCACAGAGCUUUCAAGUCCUGAUUCCAGUGCAAAUCUUCCUGAGAAGAGGCAGGAAGCUGUGAUCCCAGUACUGAGCUUUUGAAUCGAUAGCUGUGGACAGAAACAGGAGUGGCAGAAGCAGCUACUCUCAGAUCUGAAUUGAAUCAGGAAGACUAUCUGGUUUAAUCUGCCUGCUUGCAGCCUGCUGCAGUCCAUGACAAGAGACUCUAACCACACGGUGAGGCUGGGAAUCUGCAGAUACUAACAUUUCAAACGUCAUGGUUUGAUGGCUGAUCCCAGCACAAAGCAGAGCGGGGUCGUGGCCAACGAGCACGCUCCUCUGCUAACCAGCUCAUCCCACCCCAAAAAACAAGAACAGGGAGGCGUUCGCUUCUCAUUCCAGACAGUCAGAGUCACACUUAUGAAUGAUUUACUCCUGGGGUUGAGGGCUCGAUGCAAAUGAGCACAAAGGAAGUUGUCAGCAGCAUCGUGCUCUGGCCAAUGGAAGGAAAGCUCCAUCUUAGCUGUGCCAUAGGCUGCACUAAAAAAAGGGACCAGAACGGCGCUCUCUCAGCAUCCUUUCACACAAGAGGUAGCUCCCAAAUCUGUGCCAGUGAGCAUACUCAGACAGCUCUUCAAGAAUGGCAACCCUCAACAGCACCCACUGGAAUGAGACUACUACAUCCAUUUCCCAGUAUCUGGGCUUCCAAGUGCAAAAAAUUUACCCUUUCCAUGACAACUGGAACACUGCCUGCUUUGUCAUCCUGAUCAUAUUCAUCUUCACUGUAGUUUCCCUGGUAGUGCUGGCUUUCCUGUAUGAACUGCUGGACUGCUGCUGCUGUGUGAAAAACAAAACUGUGAAAGACUUGGAGAACGAGCCCAAUCCCGUCAGAGCAAUGCUGAACAGCUUCAGGAAGCGUGACACAGAGGUGGUGUAGGAAGCACCCAGCACCUGCACCUGGAGAACUUGGUUUGACACCUGGAAUGAAGCCUCCUGUACCUUACAAAUGAGCGAGUCAUGUGCUUUUUUUCUUUUGGACUUAAAUAUCCACGGCGGCAAUUUUAUCUCUGGAUGCGAGCUGGAAUAAUUGGCAAAGGCUUUCCAAGUGCUUAGCAGAAAGCAGUGUUAUGGGAGGGAAGACAAUUGUUGUUUCUAGAUGAACUUUUGCUGUUUAUAUUGAGUGACUAGCAUAGAAUUUUGUCUACCUGACCCAACAAAUGCUGCCUAACACGUUCAUAAAACUGUGUUGCUUAACUGAAGAAAACAUUUAUAAAAUGCCCAACAGUCUGAUCAUAUUCAGCAGUGUUGUCCCACCGAGUCAACCACACAGGGACAGGACAGACAGACAAGGGGCUGAGCAUGACUAAGCUCCAGAAGAUCUGGAUACAGUGGAAGACUUGCUAAUUGACACGUGCUGCUCCUGGUUGGCGAGAUGGAGUCGCAAGGAGGAGACACCCAGGGCAGGAUGAACUAGCAGAGCUAGUCCAGAGAUUCACCUGGAGAAGCAAACUCCCUCCUGCAGUCACAAAUCCCCACAGGCACGCUUUUUACAGCCAAGUUUGGCCAGGACCAGUCCCUCAUGCAGAGAAUGCUUCAAGCUCAAAAUCAAAAGCACAAGUGAUGGAAGCCAAUGCCCUGAGCACGAGAUCAUUUCGGACUGAGAUGUACGAUGAAGAUAACGCCAGUGGUGAUAAGGAUGGCAUGUCACCUCCUGCUGCGUGGCAGCAUCAGACUGGGAAGUCCUGCUCGAGAGGCCAGAGUAGCCACCAGGAUGCAUGGAAUUAAAUCCCGUCUCUCUCCUGAAAGGAAAUGCUCUGGGCACUUGCAGCAUUCCCACAAAAUGCCCAUCAUGGCUGCACACAAGAGGGCAGUGUGUGCAGCGUGCCAUCCUCUGCUGCUCUGGCAAUGCCUUCCCGAGAAGCACAUGGAAUGACAUAUGUUGGGACUCAUCCCAGCUUUUUAUUUCACAGGUCUGCAAAGGGGAAUGGGUGUGGGCACAAGGAACAGAAGGAAGGCAAAGGUGUCCCCCUGCACAGUACCAGAGAAGACUCAGGAUGAUUCUUUCCCCUGAAAGAGCCCCUGAAGAUUCUGGCUCCUGACAACUGUUGGCAGAGACCACUGAGAUAAAGGUCUCAAGACAGAGACCACAGCCACAAUUUACUAUUGAUUAAUAAAAAUAAACAAACAGA